CACGGGAUCGAUCUGUAAACAGGACAUGAAGGAAAUGGCAGCUGUAUCGAAGUGGAGUUAUGUCGUAGCGGCACUGCUAGCAUGUAUAUCAUCAUCCAAUGGGCUCUCUUUCGAGAUCGAGAGAGAGAUGAAUAUGCCAGAUGUUAUCCCUAACAACAUAGAAGCCACCCCAGAUGGUAACUGGAGGGAAAUACCUUGCCGCUCUAGCUGUUCUCAGUUCAACACUGAUUCGCCGAUGUCCAACUGCAAAUGUCGAUGUAGCCAUGCGUUCUCAACAUUUGUUAUGGGAGCCACUUCAUCAGAGUCUCGGUGCUACUCAAAUCGAUUAUUCCGUACCAAGAUUGCAAGCUGCACAAUACAGUUACAGGCUGAAGGUUCCCUUGACAGUAAACUCCCGGUGGUUGAUUUAUCAUCGUCUCACAAAGAGCCCAUCAAAGCGCCAUCAGUUUCCCAAGUCCAAUACCCAAGAUGUGACAUAAACGGUCUCCCUCAGUACUGGGACAAAGGGGUGUGGAGUCAAGUCAGAGAAGGAACCCUGUUUGGGUUCUACUCACCGAACUAUUGGACUAAUUUGUUGACGUGGCAGUCAAGUCAGUCCUACAAUGGGAGGAUUGUGAGGGUGCCAAUUCGCUGCAAUGGGACAAACGACAAGACCCUAGCAAGUUGUAUUGUUUUAAAAAUUAAAGGAACUCUAUCAUAUGACAUAUUCUCUUCAACAACAGUAGCACCUACCACUACUGAGACACCAAAAACCACUAAAGCACCCAAAACACCUAUAACAAUACCCAAAAUAACUACUAAUAGACCACAAACAUCAACCAUAACUGCUAAAAUUACAACAGAAUCAACCACUGCAACUCAAGCAACCACAAAAACAAAAGAAUAUACAACCAUUAAACCUAGUACUACUGAAGAAUCUACAACAAAUGAGGCAUCAACAGCAGAAUUUGAAUCAACCACUGCAGCUCAAGCAACAACAAAAACUGAAGCAUAUACAACCAAGAAGCCUAGUACUACUGAAGGAUCAACAACGACUGAGGCAUCAACAGCAGAAUUUACUUUUACACCAACCAAAAGUUCUGUAAAGUCUACACACACCAUUAAGGGCCAUACUACUGAACAUGUGAGCCCACCAGACACAAAUCCCAGUGACAGUCCCACGACCACAGCAAACUCUGUGCCAGGCAGUGCCAGGAAGGGGGAUGGCCAGAAGCACGAGACCUCAGUCACCAUCACCGCUAUCUCUGCUGCAGCUGCUGUAAUCUGUGUCAGCAUUAUCAGUCUUCUGAUAUGGUGUAUUUUGAAACACAGAAAGAAACAAAGAAAUGAGGAAGCAUAUAGCGCGGACAUGACUGUAAUCAUGAACUCAACAGGCCAGAACAACAAUAAUAAUAAUCAUGUUGGUGGAGGGAAAAGUGCCAUAUAUGACGAGGCUGUGUACUGCGAGCCUUCUGACCAAUCUUCAAGCUUCCACAAGCGCCGUCUUCCUGCAUUGGCUAAUCCUGUGUACGACAGAGCUCUCGCAAAACCGCCAGGCAGCAGUCGUCAUCUCAAAAACCUGAUUGCCGAGAGGAGGGGCUCCUCCAAUAUCUACGACAACCGUGAAAUGCAAAGCGACACAUGUUGCCAUGUCAACAAGGCGUGUGACGUAUACGAUGACGUUGUUGAGGUGAAGCCAAGGCUAACCGAAGGGUUGUAUGAAGCACUAUCAGAAGAUCAUAUUGGACAACCCGCAUACCAACCACUGGUACGAGAAAAUAAGGAAAAAGCACAUGGUUCAUCCUUUGCGACGGAAACCCCCGAGUAUCUGACAAUUUUACCUGACGACGCAGGGACGGACAACAUUCGAGCGCCACGGCCAACAGAAAAAGCAUCAGACACGUACGAUUAUGCAGACACCAGGGCGCUAAACAAACUGCCAACCAACCCAAGCAACACAACAGAACCGCCGUCGUAUCAAAGUCUUGAUCAGUCGACAAGGGGACAAAGUCCACCGUCUGAUGGACUUGUAUAUGGUGUCCUUGAAAAUAGUGAGACCUCUACUGGAAAGGGUCCUCGGGCCGUGACGUCCCCCGUAUAUGAUGUGCUUGAAGAAAUGGAUGAAGCCCCUAUAGAUAAGUUGCCAGAUGUCCCUACCUCUCCUGUUUAUGACUCACUCGAGAAGCCUAACACUGAAUACCUGGUGCCUACAGAUGGAGUGUCACAAAGCAGGAAUUCCAGAAACUGAUAACUGGACGACGAUCAACCCAAGCGACAGGGGCCAGGUUCUUGGAAAACUUCAUAAUAAUGGUUUGAUAUUCAUUACACGAAAGGGACUACACCAGGACUUUCCUGAUUAAAUGUGAUAAAUGGUUUACGGUUAAUACUUGGUACUGAUGUACGUUAACGGAAUAAGGAUUUAUGAUAGACUCAACCCUCCUCCAGUACUUCCCUACCAUGCUUGUGCGCUGCAACGUGAUUUUAGCGUUGGUGUUUGUGCAGUUUCAAAAAUCAAUUUGGGUCGCGAUGCUUUUCCGACUUCUCACGUGUAUUUAAAUCGGAAUUGUCACCAGUUUAAUUCUACUACAAUCUACGAUUAUUUAAAACGGAAACAAUAUUUCAAAAUUGUAAAAGCAGUGUGUCUAUUGGAAGUUUCUUUGAGAAUGUGACUAAAAACUUAAAGCAGAUGGCCUGUUAAAUAGCGCUGAUUCUAAUAGAUUCUUUUGCCUCUUGUCGGUCGAGGUUUCCAUCACCCCCCCCCCCCCCCCCCCCCGAAGUAAACUGGUGACAAUGCUGCUUUAAACCAGGCUAAUUCGUUUAGUUUCUUAUCCAAACUCCCUGAUCACAAUUACCUUUAACGUGAAAUAUGAUAAUUGCACACGAUGCUUGGAAAGUGCCAACCCUGGAAUCCAGGAACCUGGAUCUAGUUUGCUAAAUGCCAGACAACAAAUUACUAAAAUAAAAGUAUUACAUUUGCUCUCUUGAUAUCUCGAAAAAGUGUGAUUUACUAAAAAAAACAACUGACCAUACUCAGUUCUAGAAAUUGGAUUGCUAAAUUAUUUAAAUUGUUCUUUAGUUUAGAAAAUGAAAUUAAUUUAUGUACAACAUUAUAUAAAGCUAAAGACUAGAUUUAUACAGAUAAUAUAUUUUUGUCGCUCACAAAAUAGUUUUGUAUGAAUCAUAGCCAUUAAGAGAUUUGAUAUGACUUAAUAUGUUUAUAACCAUCAAACAGCCUCCGUCAGCCGCUAUUUUGUCAUCCUAGCAAAGUACCAAGUGUGAAAAAGCAUCCAUUUCCAUCGGCUGGUUUUGGAAAGUCAAUGCGAUAUUUCCAAAUAUCGAGUAUCAAACUUUAUUUUUAGGGUUAUUUCGAGAUUUUAGUACAUUAUGUUCCUUCCAAUAUUAAAUGAAAACAAUAACAAAGGUGUGGCUCACAAUUGAUCUAAAACAUGAUAAUGUCAAGACGGAAAUUUAAACAAAAUAUAAAAGAAAGAUAUAUUUCUGUCAAUCUUCCUUAUUGUAUGGAAACAUUUAAGAUAUCAAAUGAAUAUUUUUGCAAUGCCAAUGGAAAUAGAAAUAGAUAAUUUAAAAAGUA